AUGGGCAGCGGUGCCAGCAAGCCUCCGGAAAAGGGCUCCGCAGCCUGGAAACCGGAUGAUGAGGAUUCUCGACGCAUAGAAAAGGCUCGACGGGGCGACCAGGAUGCCCAAGACUGGUUUUUCACAACGCUGAACACACUGGCUGCUCAUGGGCAGGUCAACCAAGUGAGAGACUUGAUUUCCAAGUGGGAGAAAUGCAUCCGACUACAAGGUGCAAGAGAAGCAACGGUAGCUGCGGCGGGCGCGGGCCAUGCGGAAGCUUUGCAGGCUUUGCUAGACCUGGGUGUGAAACCCUACAUCGGGCGAGAUGAUCCGGAGGUCAACCCCUUGAUCGCAGCCAUCAAAAACCGGCAUUGGGACUGUAUCCUUCUGCUUGUUCCGCGAGCACUGAAGUACAACUUCUCCACAGGUUUGCUGCAAGAUGGAAUGCAGGAAUUCGUGGUUGCUGGCGAUCUCGAUAUGAUCGACACACUGGUAACCAAGCACGGCAUUCCAGGCAACGGCAAACUGUUGUGCAGCGCCUUGCUCCAGGGGCCAGCUGACAAGGCGCAAACGAUGCUGCAUACCUUGGCAGAGUCAGCGAAGAGCUUCAAUGCCGUUUCAACCAUCCCAGCAGAGCCUGGGAAGCUGGGUUGGGAGGAGUUUGCCCCUGUCCAUGCCGCAUGCCUGACGACGAAAGUGGCAUCCGUGCACACCUUCCUGGAGUUCAUCAUCGGCAAGGGCGCCGACUUGUCGCUCUGGGGCAAGAGAUUGAGCGUGAAGACGUCUUACGCCAAGCGCCUGCCAUUGCACUAUGCAGCCGAGAACAAGACGAUGAAGGCAGACACCGUGAUGAUGGUUGCCCGGGCCUAUCCAAAAGCUCUUUUCGAGCCUGUCAACGGGGUUCCAGGGCGGGCCUUGCCAUGCCAAUGCUCGAAGCACAACCCUGAAACACAGCAAGCGCUGGAGAAGCUGAUGUACGAAUACAUUUGCGAGGCGUGCGAUGGCAUGAAGGCGGCGGCGGAUCUCUUCCGCUUAAUGAGACUAGCCAUUGAGUUCGAAGUUGUCCGAACCAUUCCGACAGAGGACUUGCCAAGAGGGAAGGUGACAGCUCUGGUUUCCCCCUUGAUUCUGAAAGUCCGGGAGAACCUGCAUGGAUCAGCGGAGGUCAAUUUUGCAGGGGAAGCUGCUGCUUUUGCAGCUGCCAAUCCACGGGUUGACCUUGGGCGAGAGACCGAGAACAAAGUUCAGGUGAAGAGCAUCAACACUAUGGGAGAGGUUCUCCAGAGCGAAUUCUGGGAGCUACUGCGCUUGGUGAGCCGGGCGGACAAGGGUGCCGACUGCAGCGAGCUUCUCAGCCCCCAGGAGCUCGAAGAGUUGCUCUCGCAGCAGAUCUCAGCUCGGCUGCGCUGGGCCGCCGAGGCUUGUGCCUCUGGAAAAGAUUCUGUCGCAGAUGGCCUUACCACCUCUGAUGCCGUGCGCUACGCGCUGUUUGUAGCCGCUGGGCUGAUCUCUGCCUCCAAGAACCAACGUGGAGGUGGAGAGGGCGACGAGGAGUUGCCGUCGGGCACGGCGCGCUUGGCCUCAGUCGCCGCAGGUGUGCCUGGCGAAAAUUUAGAGACACUGGUGGCUUGGUAUUGCCAAGAGCUUCAGCUUCCGACCGGCUGGAAUCUGUUGGACCUCUUGAAGCAGGGACUGGAAGGUGGUGAUGGAGGUCUGAGUGAUAUUGUAUUCUCUGCAGGGGACAUUGUGAUCAAGAGGGCCCUCCCAGCCGAUCAUCCUCAGUUUGAAUGGUUGAAAGGGCUCUUCGAGAAGACGUUUCUGGGGAUUUACACUCGAGAUCGCAAGGGUGAGAGUGUUCCGAAGUCCUUGGAAGUCCACGAAGUGGAGCAGGUCUUCAACUGCGGGAGCUGGGGGGAAUAUGCCCGCCGUCGGGGUAGUGUCUUGCAGGACAUGGCCAAAGGCGGUGCUUCAUGGGUUGGCGAGUUGAAGACAGAUAGCAGCACACAUGGUGAGGCUCCUGAUUGGCAUGUGACAAAGGCAGAUCAUGGAGCCAAUGAGCACUGGCUGUAUCAUGGCACGUCCCUUGCGGGCGAGGCUGGAAUUACGGAAGGCGACUUCCGUUUGAACCUGGCGGGCAGCAAUGCUGGCACUCUGUACGGAAAUGGCGUGUAUUUGGCAGAGGCGGUGUCCAAGAGUGAUGAGUACACUACGCCACAGUCCAACGGCCUGCGCAGCAUGUUGAUUUGCUUGAGUACCCUUGGGCGUGUGAACUACAACGACCAAAAGCGACCCGAUGGGGACGAGCUCGCAGCAUCCUGCAAAGGUGGUGGCUUUCACAGCAUUCUCGGUGACCGCGAAAAGAUCCGUGGGACGUACCGGGAGAUUGUCGUUUUCGACGAGAAUCAGGUGUAUCCGGCAUACAUCUGUCGAUACAAGCGCGUGACGUAA